AUGUCAUUCCCUGAAGACCAGUCCUCAGAUGAAAAAAUAGGUAAAAUCAUAGCCGGUCUAGAUGUGAACGAGGAAGUCCUCACAGUCCCGUUAAACCUACUGCGAAAAUCUCCCAUCCUCAAAGCCUGGCUCGACGAACCCGACACCAUACCGGCAAGCAUGCAACGCGAUGGCAACAUAUACUUCGCAAAGUCCGAACCGGCUGUCGUGCGCACAAUAGUGAAGUGUCUGAAUGGCGAGAUCGUGGCCGCACUACACGACAAAACCGCCGUAGAACUAAUACAAAUGUGCAAACUCGCCGGAUUUCUUGGGCUUGAACGUAUCCACCAAUCCUGCAUCUUCAAGAUCCAGAACGGGAAGUACGAUAGUGCGACGUCCAUCGAAGCAGCGAUCCUGUCACACCUCCUAGGCCUCGACCAAAACGCGAAAUUUGCCGUCUGGAUAACCAGUUACAUCCGUGCGAACGCAGAGGAAUUACAGAACUCCCUAGCAUUCCGACUGACGGUUCGUGAGGGUGGAGAACAAGCAUUCGCGCUAACGACGGUUUUAUUGUCUUCGAUUAGUGGGUUGGAACGGAAAGGGGGUGGGCUGCCUGUGAAGGUGUUGGGGAGACGGUUUUCGCCGUAUCAAAAAUCGUUUGGUGAGGCGAAAGUUGGGACGGCGAGGAGGAACGUGCGACGGUCUGGAUAUCGGCCGCCUACGGUGGAGGAUGGUGUUGAGGAGGAGGAUGAGAAUGAGGGUGAUUAUGUGCCGGAGGGGAGAGGGGGCGUGAUUGCGUGA